AUGGCGAUGUCCUCUGUGCUUCUCUGCAAUGGGUGCACUUCUUGGCAAGGGCUUCUGCUCACAGCCUCCCUUUUAACAUGCUGGCACGUCUCCACCUCCACUGCACAUGUCACCAUUGAAUCUGUCCCACCCCACGUGGUUGAAGGAGAAAAUGUCCUUCUUCUUGUCCGCAAUCUGCCAGAGAAUAUUAUAUCCUUGGUCUGGUUCAAGGAUUUGAAAAUUAUAAGAAGUGCAAUUGGAUUAUAUAAUGUGAGAUACAAUGUAAGUGCUCCAGGGCGUUUACAUAGUGGUAGAGAGACAAUGUACCGCAACGGAUCUCUGCUGCUCAGAAACGUCACGGCGAAGGACACAGGAUACUAUAUCCUGAGAACCUUAAAUAGACAUGUAGAUAUUGUGUCAACAACAGUCACACACCUUCUUGUGCACAAGUAUGUGAUGCAGCCCUUCCUGCAAAUCAGUGACACCACAGUCGCAGUGCAAAAAUCUGUGUCGCUCAUCUGCAUUUCACCACACACUGAUAACUCUUUCCAUUGGAUCUUCAAUAACCAGAGUCUACAGAUCACAGAGAGGAUGACACUGUCUCCAACGAAGCAUUCACUAAGAAUAGAUCCUGUCAGAAUCGAGGAUGCUGGAGAGUAUCAGUGUGAGGUCUCCAACCCAGUCAGUUCAAAGACCAGUCUCCCAGUCAGGCUGACUGUCAUGAAGGAGUGA